CACUCGACAAGCCCAUCUUUUUGACGUGUCCAUUGUCACAACAUAGCUUACCCACCUUGUACAGGAAGAAGGUUAGCGAGAAACAAGACAACCGUCGGAUGAGAAAUCCCGGCAAAAGCUCAUCGGUAUAGACCAAUUGUCCGUACGCCCAAAAACACAGGUUUUCGUGAUCCGACAAUCUAAGCCGACCUCGCCAUACGAUUAUCGCGAUGCAAUUACGAGAAAUGGCGCCCUCACCGGCGUUGCUGGCACUGGCUGCCAUCUUGACGCCCCAACUAGUAUCAGCUUUCUACCUCCCAGGAGUCGCGCCGACAUCAUACAAACCGGGCGACAAGGUUCCUCUAUACGUAAACACCAUCAGGCCCGUCGCAUCACGGCAGGAUUCGAUGCUGCAUUCGGUCGUCUCUUAUGAUUACUACCACCCCCUAUUCAAGUUCUGCCAGCCCGAAGGUGGUCCGGAGAGUAUCGGCGAGAGCUUGGGGAGCAUCCUGUUUGGUGAUAGGAUCAUGACCUCCCCCUACGAACUCAACAUGGCCAAGAACGAGACUUGCAAAGCAAUGUGCAAGGUCACUUACGACGCAGGGUCGGCCAAAUUCGUCAACACCAGGAUCGAGCAGGGCUACAGCGUUAAUUGGUUGGUAGAUGGUCUGCCAGCGGGCGAAUUGGUGCCAGACCACGGUAGCCUACCGGGCCAGGUUCUUGAGGAGCCUGGGGUCACGUAUAACAGCCAAGGCUUUGCCCUGGGUCUGGAGGACUACUCUACGGGUGUCAUUGUGUUCAACAACCACCACGAUAUCUUCAUCGACUACCAUGCAGUCAACAAGAAGCCGGAUCAGCUGCGCGUGGUCGGUGUCAGGGUCAUCCCGCGGUCUCUCGACUACCGCGGCAAGCCUGCAGACUGCGGCCAGCACGAGCCCAUAAUCCUUAACGAUGACGGCGAGACACCAGUGCAGUUCUCGUACAGCGUCUACUGGGUCGAGUCGCCGACGGUCUGGGCGACGCGCUGGGACAAGUAUCUGCGCGUCUAUGACCCCAAGAUUCACUGGUUCUCGCUAAUCAACUCGACCGUGAUUGUGCUCGUGCUCGUGGCCACUGUCAUGUCCAUUCUCGUGCGUGCCCUGCGCAAGGAUAUUGCUCGCUACAACCGCCUCGACCAGAUCGACCUUGACGACCUGUCAGGCGGUGGCGGAGAUUCGCUCGAGGAUGGUGUCCAGGAAGAUUCUGGUUGGAAGCUGGUACACGGUGACGUCUUCCGUACGCCGUCGCACCCGCUCCUCCUGUCCGUCUUCCUCGGCACCGGCGCGCAGCUCUUUGUCAUGGCCGGCUUCACCAUCAUCUUCGCACUUCUCGGAUUCCUAUCCCCGUCUUCCCGCGGUUCGCUUGCCACCAGUCUGGUGCUGUCCUACACCGUCCUGGCAUCGGUUAGCGGUUACGUUUCGGCUCGUGUUUACAAGUCGUUUGGCGGCGAAAAGUGGAAGGUCAAUAUGGUUAUGACGCCGACGUUGAUACCCGGCAUCGUCUUCACGACCUUUUUCUUCCUCAACCUCUUCCUCUGGGCCAAGGGGUCAUCGGGCGCCGUCCCCUUCACCACCAUGCUAGUUAUCGUCGCUAUCUGGUUCGUCAUCUCGGCCCCGCUCUCUGUCGCCGGCUCUUUCCUCGGCUUCCGACACUCAGCCGUCGAACCACCCGUCCGCACCAACCAGAUCCCGCGACAGAUCCCGGCUGCCAGCACGACGUGGCUCCGACCCAUUCCCAGCAUGCUUCUGGUCGGCAUGCUGCCAUUCGUCGUCAUCUUUGUUGAGCUCUACUUCAUCAUGAAUUCGAUGUGGUUCAGCCGCAUAUACUACAUGUUUGGGUUCCUGUUCCUCUGCUAUGGCCUCAUGAUCGUCACGACCGCCUGCGUCACCAUCCUCAUGGUCUACUUCCUGCUUUGCGCUGAGAACUACAACUGGCAGUGGCGCUCCUUCAUGGCCGCCGGCGCCAGCGCGUUCUUUAUCUUUGGCCACGCUAUGCUCUACUGGAUCAGCCAGUUGUCUCUCGCCGGGCUCGCUGGCAGCGUUGUCUACUUGGGCUACAGCGCACUGCUAUCGUUCCUCUUCUUUAUCCUCACAGGCACGAUUGGUUUCUUCUCCAGCUGGUGGUUCACCCGCAAAAUCUACAGCUCUAUCAAGAUCGACUAAGCGGUCCGCAAUUGAAAAACAACACGGUGGAAACUGGUUAAGCGGUAGACACAGGGAUCAAAGUUGUUUGUAUGAUGUAUACUGUAUAAAGUGCUGAUCAGGCUUCUCAUCAUGUCUCGUUAGCAUUUCAUGACUUUGUUUUAUUUGGCUUUUUAUUUAUGCUCGUGUGUCUAGAUUAGAGAACGAACUAUAGGUCCGUUAGUGUAACAUUUGGGUUAUUGACGGCGAAUAACCUAAAAAAAAAAAGUCAUGGAAUAUGAUCCGAGGUCUUUCCUUAACUUGGGAGUUUGUGGCAGUCAUUGCUAAUUCGUUUUCUAUUUGCAUUGGGCUAUAAAUAUAGAUGAUAUUAAUGGUGGCCAAACUACCUGCUGUCGUGAAGUUUCUUUUGGCCUGGCAUAUUACGAUCCGCUCAAACCCAUGCGAGGCCUACAUACGCGCGCAUCAAACCUUCAGUCAGAGUCAUCGUCGUCAUCGUCAUCACCCAUAAACUGGAACUGCUUCUUGACGGCGGGGCUCGCCGACGUCGGCGACGCAAGACCCGCGGAAGCUGCAGCACCGGCAUCCAAAGCGGUGCUCCCCCUGCGCAGGGCUUCCCUCUGCUCACGCUCUCUUGCCUCGCGGCGGCGCUCCAUCUCGGCGCGCGCCUGGGCCUCGCGCUCG